CAGUUCCCACCUGCUGAUCACCACUAACCUAACCUUUAAUUCCUUUAAAACGUGAGCACGUUGCACGUUGCAAUGUUGCUCAGGCUGUUCAGAAAGGCUAGUAAUGGACCAUGGCAUUAUUCUUUGCACGUGCAAAGAGUAAUUCAGUGUUGAGCGUCUUUCUGUAAAUUGCCCGUGGUGUGGAAUUGCGACUUAAUCAGUUUCAAGAGUCGGAGAUUUCGCAAAAAAGAAGAGAAAAAGAGAGAGAGAGAGAGAGAGAGAGAGAGUGUUGGAAAGUGUCCCAACUCUCAACGUGUUCAGUAAGUUCAGUUACGUGUGGAAUUGUAUAUGCACACAUAUGGAUAAUAUUGACAACGAAAGGAUUAAUGGUCAUAAAUAUGAAGGACUUUUACAACAAAUUGUGUUUGCUACUGUUAGAAGAGUACUUUGGCUCUAUCGUACAGUGCAUUGGUAAUAAUUUAAUGUAUGGUACGAAAACGUUAGGUGCAAUACAUUUCGAAACAAAUCUAUCAAUAGCAAAGAUCAAGGAAGCACUAUGUGUCCUUAUAAAAUAUGGUUUUGUCACAUAUAAACAAAAUGAGGAGAACGUUGAGUAUACUUUGCACCAAAAUAAAAUUAUCAUGCUCCUUCGCUAUCCAAGGUAUAUUCUUUUCGCAAAAACUUACUGUGGAGACGAGGGCGAAAUCAUGUUGGAAGAGGUGUUAAAACACGGGUACAUCGCAGCAUCUGAAGUAAUAAUAAAAACAUACAAACGAAUUGAACAGACACCUUCUAAAUCCGUUGAACCACUUUCUAUCCCAAAUCUGAAAAAGGUAUUCGAGUUAUUGGUGAAAAAUCAAUUUUUAAUGCAUAGUACAUCCUUUGAUACGAUGACAGAAGAUACUGAAAAACCUGAUUAUAACUUACCAGACCUUGAUUUGGCGGCCAUUUCCAAUGUGUUGGAAGGAGAAAAUAUUGAACUUUCGGAUAGUAAAAUAUAUUGGAAAGUUAAUUUCGAUCGAUUUACUCAGGAUCUUCGGGAUCAAAUCGUUAUAUCAGCUAUGACCAAAAGAUUUGAUAAAAAUGCUGGAGAAUUAAUGAGACAGUUGAUCAAUUUGAUGUACUUGCGGACUGCAUCUUGGGCAGCUACGUCAAAUCCAAUUCCAUAUACUGAGAUAAAAGAAGAAGUGAAAAAAUUGAAUUAUGAAGACCUCGAGCACUUUCUUGAUCAGUACUUGCGGCUUCUAGAGGAGGAUAGUACGCAAUUCAUCAAACGAGUUGGCGAUUCUGGUGGAGGGCAGUACAGCGUUGACAUGAAAAAUGCAUUCAAACAGUUAACAUGGGCGACUUUGGAACAUAUCGUAACAGAGAGGUUCGGUUCCAAAGCUGCAAGAAUUUUCAGAUUGGUUCGCAUUGAAAUUGACGUUAACCUAGAACAAAUCCAGAAUUUAGCAAUGAUUCCAGCAAAAGAAGCCAAAUUCUUAACAUAUACUUUGUCACGAGAGAAUUAUAUACAGACUGAAGAGAUGAAGAAAAGUGGAACUUCGUCAGGGCCGGCAAAAGCACCUUAUCGCUUUUGUAUCGAUUUAACUAAAAUUGUCGAGAUGGAAAUCGAGCAUUGUUAUCAAGCAUUAUACAACAUUAUAAAAAGACGAGAUCAUGAAUCGACUAGUAACAAACGUAUGAUAGAAAAGCAAUUGAGAGUACAGAUACUUUCUGCCAAUUUGAAGGAACAUGGCGCGACGGAACAACAACUGGCUGAUAUUGCAGAAAUGAUGACACCAUCUGAGACCGAACAGCUUGAAAAAGCGCAAAAUGCAAUCAAGAAACUGGCGGCCACAGAGUUACAAAUCGAUGAAACCUUAUUUUUAUUAACCAUGUAUUUUCGUUAUCAUUAAAUUGCCAUUCUCUUCUAAUUCCUCUUUUUUUUCUGACAUGACACCCGCACAUGUAAAAAUGAAAGUCUAUUUAUUCAUUUAUAUAGUUCAUAUUUAUUUAUGUAUAAUAAUGAUUACGCUUGUAAAAUACAAACAACAAAGAGUACCUAGCUUUCAAAUUAUAAUAAAUAUAAUCAUAUAUUUUUUUAUGUUUAUAAUAGUGCUGUUCUCUAUUGUGAUAUACAGUGCAUUUGAUGUCUCUAUCUAUGAGGAAAAGUCAUCUUGGGUCGUGUCAACAAAUAAAUAAUUGCAAUUUGCCAAUGUUUAUUCGUAUAGUUUAAUUUAAGCAAAUGGUGAUGAAUAUAUGUGUGCCUUUUGUCAAAAGAAUGAAACAUGAGAGUUAGUCACGUGACUCACAGCCAGCUUGUGGUGCGUUCUUGAUGAGAGACUUGUUACUUUAACUUCAAUUAUACUCAACAAAAAUAUAUGUAUUCUCAGACGCGAGAAUACUUCGUUCACAAUAAUAGUAUGUAAGCGCGAAGACGUGCUACAUCUUUAGAUAAUUUUAAUGCUGCGCUAUAUGUGUGCGUUUCGAAGAAUGACUUUUCCUUUGUUCUACUGUAUGCUUUGUACGCUCAUCUUAACACUGCCGCGAUGAAGAUUAUUCCGUUAUGAAUAUGUAUCAAUAAAUAAAAUUUAAAGUA